GUGUCGCCUCGUCCUUCCCGUGCCCCGGACCCCCUUCCCCGGAACCGAGCGAUCCGAACCCCUGAGAGCGCCGGCUCGCUGCCGGCGAGGGCGAGCGGAGACACCGGCAUUGCUUCUCCGCGCUUUUACACGGGCUCGGAGUGAGGCUGGACCUGCUGCAGGGUGACGGGGCUGUGCAGGGCGGGGAGCUCCUCGGGAUGCUGUAGCCGUCAGACCGCCCUCGGCUCCACCCGGGAAAGGCACACAGCAGAAAGGAGCUGGACCUGCAAACCUGGAAACUCUCUGAGCUGGAAAAAGCCUGGGUUUAGUCCUGCAGAGCAGCGGCUGCCGUGGGGCUCCGUGUGUGCCGGUUCGUUUUCACCCCGUGUCCUCUUGAAGUGACGGGCUCAGAGCGAGACCCCUCCCCAGACAUCUGUAAGUAAUAAUGAGGGGCUUGAUUCCCAGCUGCGUUUUUGACCUGGCGGCCCUGGUCCUCUGCCGGCUCUUGGCGUGACGAGGGCGGAGGAGCGGGCCGGGCCGGAGCGCGCCAUGGCCGAGAAGUGCGACUGCAUGGCCAGCAUGUACGGCUACGACCUGGGCUGCCGCUUCGUCAACUUCCGCCCGCUGGGCUUCGGGGCCAACGGGCUGGUGCUGUCGGCCCUGGACAGCCGCAGCUGCCGCAAGGUGGCCGUGAAGAAGCUGACCCUGGGCGACGCGCGCAGCAUGAAGCACGCCUUCCGCGAGAUCAAGAUCAUCCGCCGCCUCGACCACGAGAACAUCGUCAAGGUCUACGAGGUGCUGGGCCCCAAGGGCGCCAACCUGCGCGGCGACUUCUUCAAGUUCAACAUGGUGUACAUCGUGCAGGAGUACAUGGAGACGGACCUGGCGCGGCUGCUGGAGCAGGGCAAGCUGGCCAAGGAGCACGCCAAGCUCUUCAUGUACCAGCUGCUGCGCGGGCUCAAGUACAUCCACUCGGCCAACGUCCUGCACCGCGACCUCAAGCCGGCCAACAUCUUCAUCAGCACGGAGGACCUGGUGCUGAAGAUCGGUGACUUUGGCCUGGCCAGGAUCGUGGAUCAGCACUACUCGCACAAGGGUUACCUGUCUGAAGGCUUGGUGACGAAGUGGUACCGCUCCCCCCGUCUCCUCCUGUCGCCCAACAACUACACCAAAGCCAUCGACAUGUGGGCAGCGGGCUGCAUCCUGGCCGAGAUGCUGACUGGGAGGAUGCUCUUUGCCGGGGGCCACGAGCUGGAGCAGAUGCAGCUGAUCCUGGAGACAAUCCCUGUGAUCCACCAGGAGGACAAGGAGGAGCUGCUGAAGGUGAUGCCCAUGUUCAUCAACAGCACCUGGGAGGUGCGGAAGCCGCUGCGCAAGCUGCUGCCCGAGGUGGACAGCGAAGCUAUCGAUUUUCUGGAGAAAAUACUGACAUUUAACCCCAUGGAUCGAUUAACGGCCGAGAUGGGGCUGCAGCACCCCUACAUGAGCCCCUACUCCUGCCCCGAGGACGAGCCGGUGUCUCAGCACCCGUUCCGCAUCGAGGACGAGAUCGAUGACAUCCUGCUGAUGGAAGCCAACCAGAGCCAGAUGUCCAACUGGGACAGGUACCACAUCAGCCUCUCCUCCGACCUGGACUGGAGGCACGACAAGCAGCACGACAUGGACGAGGUCCAGCGCGACCCCCGCGCCGGCUCCGAGCCCACCGCGGAGGAAGCGCAGGUCGACCCGCGGAAAUACUCGCAGAGCAGCUCGGAGAGGUUCCUGGAGCUGUCCCACUCCUCCAUGGACCGAGUCUUUGAUGCCGACUGUGGGAAGUCGUGUGAUUACAAAGUGGGAUCACCCUCCUACUUGGACAAGUUGCUGUGGAGGGACAGCAAGCCCCACCACUACUCAGAGCCCAAGCUAAUCUUGGAUUUAUCCCACUGGAAAAGGGCCACCAUCGCCCCUCCCGCUGAGCUGUCGCUGGAGGAGGAGCCGUCCAACCUCUUUCUGGAGAUUGCCCAGUGGGUGAAGAGCACGCAGGUGGGGCUGGAGUGCCCCGGCUCUCUCCCGGAGAUGCAGGAGCGCAGCCUGCCCUCCUCUCCUCACCGCCUCCACCAGGAGCCCGCCCAGGUGAGCAGCGAGACCGACCCUGAGUUUGACUUGGACGUCUUCAUCUCCAGGGCGCUGAAACUUUGCACAAAACCCGAGGAUCUUCCAGACAACAAGCUCAACGAGAUCAACGGGGCCUGCAUCUCCGAGCACCCCGGGGACAUGGUGCAGGCGGAGGCGUUCCAGAAGGAGCGGUGGUGAGGAACCCGCAGCCCCGCCGCUCCUCCCUCUUCCUCUGGGGUGGUGCGGCCGCUGCCCGGGGCCGAGCGGCUUCCCGGUGCCACUGAGCAUCCCCUUCUCACGCUGUACCAAAUGCCUUUCUCGGGAAAGGCCAGCACAAACCGCACGCCCCUUUUGAUGCCUUAGAAGUGCUUCUAAGGGGAUCGAGAGGUGCGAGUGGAAUACCGAGUUUCUUACACUGCCUUAACAACCUUGCCUUGCGAUCUCUGGGACCUGUUUGAAACUUAAAAUGUACGAGGGGAAAAAUGACUGUACAUGGUAGGUUUGCAAACAGCAGUCGAAUCGGCUUCCUUUCCUUUUCUAUAGCAACUUGAAAUGACAAGGACAAAAUUAGCAUUUUCAGUACGGUCAGACACCCUCCUGGUUGGACAGGUUCCCAAAACGCCGAGUUUUGAGCCCCUCUGAGGCGCCUGUGUGAGCACAGGUGUGGAACGAAGUGAUGCCAGCCAUCAGCCAGCAGAGAACGGAACCAGAGGCAGAGUUCGGCCAUCAGACAGAACAAUAACCCUCUGAGAAUGUUAAUGGGGAAGAAAUUUGACAUUGAAACAGUUUGCCGUUGGGGAUUUGUUUUAUUUUUUUCUGAAGAGAAGACAAAAUUUUUGCUAAGUGCAUUUUUGCUGGUUCGUGGUUUCUCACGCCAAAAUCUUCCCUUCUGUUGCACAGGGUGCAGCAGGGGAUGCACGGGGAUCUGAGCUUUCCGAGCACUUAGGAGGGCCCACGCGAUGCGUGUCAGUGUGACAGCCUGGUGCUGCGAGUCCUGCCCCGGACAGGCGAGGAGGAGGACGGGCGCUGAGAGCGGGGCGCGGUGUGUCCCGCGCCGCGACGCUGCCCGGCACCGCCCGCCACACGGACUCAGCCAGGGCACCCGCUGCUGGAAAAUGGAACCAAACUGCUCCUGGUUUUCCUCCUGACAAAGAUCUCGUGGAGAGAACCACAGUUCCCGCGGCAUUGGGUUCGAAACUGGCCGCUUUGCUCCCAGCUCCCGCGGAGGACGCUGGUGUCAGCGGGAAACUGCGUGUAAAUAGACGAAGACACAACUGAUCUACUGUAACUUCUGUUUCCAGCCACACUUCUGAGCACCUUAAUAAUCAAUCGGCUAACGAGAGUUUGUACAUGGAAGAAAUGUUCUAUACUUAUAUUCAAUGCAACUCGGCAGCUUUUUAACGGGAGGUCUGUAAAUAGUGCCAUACGAGACAGUCUCUGCUUUCCUCGCCAUCCUGCCGCGCGCCGUCCGGCACAGCGGCGCCGCUUGCAUUUGUAAAAGAGGAACUGCUGUAUUUAGUGCUGCAAGGCCCACAUUCGACUACUGCCAUAUGAAUUAUUUCCAGCCUUUUAACAAGCUAAAUGCUCUGAGAUGUGAAGAGGACUCGCGUGAGGCUCGCAUAACCAACAGCGGAGUUUGCUGUGCUAGCCCUGGGUUCUGUUCGUGCUGGGACCUGGGAGCAGGCCUCGACAAGCCCAAACAUGUGUUCUUACUGUGAAGAUCUCACACCAGGGUGAUGGAAACGCCACUGCUCCAGCUGAAGAGCGGCGCUGGCGUGAGGCUGCGUGGGUGGGACAGGGUGCAGGUCCAGGUGCAGGGGUGGAGAAGGCGUUUGGAAGGCAAAGCUGACGGAGACAGCCUCGGAAGGGCAAAGCCAUUUGUCUCCAGUCCUUGCUUUGAGUGUUUGGACGUCCCCCAGAGAGGUUUAGAAAGGGGAAAUGAGAUGGAAGCGGAGGUUUGGUUCCUGGCGUGUUGCAGAUGAUUGAUAUACCUCAGCGAAAGCUCAGCACUUUGACUGGUGGCGGGGAAGGAGCCGGCCCUGCGCCUCCUGGAGCAGAUCCAGCCGGCCCACGGCUCGCUGUCCCGCUUGGCCUUGCCUGGCAGAGGCUGGAGAGGGACUGCAGGGCUUGGGACAGGCCAUGCCAGGGGAGGAGAAGGUGCAGGAGCCUCAGCUGUGUCCCAGGGGCUGUCCCAGAACCCAGCAGUGCUCUCCGGAGGGAGAGGCAGCGGCGUCGCAGGCAGCUCGUGGUCAGGCGCUGGGGAGCCAGCAGAGCUCAGACCCGCGGGAUGAGAGUAGCACGGUGACAGAGGACUCUGAAACUCUCCUGAUGGAACAGCCCUGGAACUCUGAACCUCUCCUGAUGGACAGAACAGCCCUGGAACUCUGAACCUCUCCUGAUGGACAGAACAGCCCUGGAACUCUGAACCUCUCCUGAUGGAACAGCCCUGGAACUCUGAACCUCUCCUGAUGGACAGAACAGCCCUGGAACUCUGAACCUCUCCUGAUGGACAGAACAGCCCUGGAACUCUGAACCUCUCCUGACAGAACAGUCCUGGGCCACCGUGGGGUGAACAGGAGAGCCCGGGCUGCUCAAGCCGCCCCAGCGCUCUCCUCACCAGGCACCGGUGGCCACGUCCCUGACACCAGAAGCCAUUUCCCAUGGGCUGUUACUUCUCCACAGGCCAGCAGGACUAUUUAUUAUGGCCAUGAAAGAAACAGUUUUGCUUUUGAGUGUUGUCUGGGGGGCCCCCGAUCAAAGUGUGGAAUUGACUCUGUAACACACUGACAGAGCGCGUUGCUGCCACUCCGGAUUUCUCAUCUCGCUUCGUGAGCUUUUAUUUAAUGUUGUUCUAAAACCUCAGCAUCACGUGCUGGGAAAAGGGGAUAAGAGGGAUGGCUUUAAUUUGUUACCUGAGUGUGCUUAGCUGAUCACAAGCCAGAUCUGUCUCUCAUUUGCAGAAAUAAAGUGUAAGGCCUGAGCCUUCCA